AUGGGAUGCUUCGGCAGCAAAGACAAAUUGUCCAAGGAAGACAUGGAUUUUCUUAAAUCCCACACCCGUUACGAUGAAAGUACAAUAAAAGAAUGGUACAAAGGGUUUAAGCAAGACUGUCCAAAUGGCCGGCUGACGCCCGCGAAAUUCGUAGACAUGUACAAGAUGUUCUUCCCGUCCGGCAACGCGGAGGAAUUCUGCGAUCACGUGUUCAGGACAUUCGAUAUGGACAAAAAUGGGUACAUAGAUUUUAAGGAAUUCCUGCUGGCGAUCGAUGUGACGUCGAGCGGCACGCCGGAGGAGAAGCUCAAAUGGGCCUUCCGCAUGUACGACGUCGACGGCAACGGCGUCAUAGACAUCCAGGAGAUGACGAAAAUCGUCCAGGCCAUAUACGACAUGUUGGGCGCGUGCUCGUCCAACAGGCCGGCCGAUUCGGCCGAGGAGCGCGCCAAGAACAUCUUCGCCAAAAUGGACGAGAACAACGACGGCCAAUUGACCCAAGACGAGUUCCUGAAGGGCUGCCUGCAGGACGAGGAGCUGUCCAAGAUGCUCGCGCCCUAA